CGGCCGCGACACCCCGGAGACCACGCCGGCGUCUUUUUCACUCAGGAAUUCCGUUAACGGCAACCAUCUAUUCCUCUCAUCAUAUUCAUAAGGACCUUCUUCCACGUUUUCAGAUUGCAUUCUGCUAAGUGGCCCGGUCCACAAGUCUGGAACAUCAUAGGAAUGUGGAUUGAAUGUCAUGGAGGCUGUUAGAAUAGACCAGUAGCCAAGUUGUGAGAAGCAAAAAGAACAUGGCACCUCCCACUAAGGCUGAUAAGAAGGCAGCAGUCGAUGCAGCUGCAUGGAUGUUCAAUGUUGUCACUUCCGUUGGAAUUAUCAUAGUAAACAAAGCCCUGAUGGCCACUUACGGCUUCAGUUUUGCUACAACAUUAACAGGGCUGCACUUUAUUACUACAACUUCGAUGACGACCGUACUAAGAUGUCUGGGAUAUGUCCAAGCCUCUCAUUUACCACUUCCUGAUCUUCUGAAAUUCGUACUUUUUGCUAACUUCUCUAUUGUUGGAAUGAACGUCAGUCUUAUGUGGAACUCAGUUGGAUUCUAUCAAAUUGCAAAGUUGAGCAUGAUUCCAGUAUCCUGCCUAUUGGAAGUUGUCUUUGACAAGAUUCGCUACUCAAGAGAUACAAAACUAAGCAUAUGUCUUGUUCUUUUGGGUGUUGGUGUUUGCACUGUUACUGAUGUGAGCGUUAAUGCCAAAGGUUUCAUCGCUGCCUUCAUAGCAGUAUGGAGCACUGCUUUGCAACAAUAUUAUGUUCAUUAUCUUCAACGGAAGUAUUCGUUGAGUUCUUUCAACCUGUUGGGACAUACAGCGCCAGCACAAGCAGCAUCACUAUUGUUAGUAGGCCCUUUUCUAGAUUAUUUUUUGACGAACAAAAGAGUUGACAGAUACGAUUAUACUAUAGGCUCUGUGAUUUUCAUAUUCCUGUCGUGCAGUAUUGCAGUUGGGACCAACCUCAGUCAAUUCAUCUGCAUUGGCAGAUUUACCGCAGUUUCUUUCCAAGUUCUAGGCCAUAUGAAGACCAUUCUUGUUUUGAUUCUGGGUUUCUUUUUCUUUGGGAAGGAGGGUCUGAAUCUGCAGGUGGUAUUAGGGAUGAUAAUAGCUGUUGCUGGAAUGAUAUGGUAUGGCAAUGCCUCUUCAAAGCCAGGAGGAAAAGAGCGCCGGAGCCACUCUCUUCCCACCAUCAAAACAGAUACACGAUAGCUUCUUUUCAUAGAGACCCACUGAUUUUUUGUGGCCGUUAGGUAUUCUGGGUUUUCUUUGCAUAAAUUGAGAAGACAAAGGUAGCUGAUUCUAGGAAAAGUGUUUAAAUUAAAAACCACUCAUCGGUUCCAAUUAUUUUUAGCCACAUUCUGUAAUUCUUAAAAUUUGAUUUCUUGUUUUAGAUACCGAGAGGCUUUGGGUAUUUCUUGGCAGUUUUAGGUUUCAAGAAAAUUUAUAUCAUUUUCCAUAGGAUAUAUUCUUAUUCUUUCUUGGCUAAAUCAUUGUACUCUGCUUUGUGUGUGCUUGGAAUUGAUAAAACUAAGAUUGACUGUUUCAAGUCACUGCUUGUUGCGGUGAUUCUUUCAUGACUGAUAUAAGGUUUAUGAAGUUUUACUUCA